AUGGCCGCCAACAGGAAAUUUAACCUGAAAAGAUUAGUUCAGGGACCAGGAGACGGCAAAAGCCCCCACCAGCUCCCUGACGACUACGAGUUCCUGGAAGUAGUUGGUGAAGGCAGCUACGGGAAAGUGCUGAGGUGUUUUUGCAAAGACACUAAAAGUAAAGUGGCCAUAAAGAUCCCAACAAGGCCAUUUUACUCCAAACCAGAGCUGGCCAUUCUUGAAAAGUUAAUGGCGGAAGGACUGGACCAGCAUAACAUCAUUGCGUGCCAUGGAAGUUACCAGACGAGUCAUGGCACAGCGCUGGUCUUUGAAAACCUGGAUCUCAGCCUGCAGGAACACAUCAUAAAGGACCGUUGUAAACGUAUGCCCCUGAGCGACAUCAGAGCCGUCAUCUCACAGAUGGCCGUAGCUUUGAAAGCAUUGAGGAGCAGCAAGGUGAUCCACACUGAUAUUAAACUGGAUAACAUCAUGUUCGUGGACCAGACGCAACCCUUGAGGGCCAAACUGAUUGACUUUGGACUGGCCAUGAGAAGCUCUUCAGUUCGGCCGGGGAUGAUGGCGCAGGCAGUUUGUUACAGGGCUCCAGAGGUGUUUUUAGGACUUCCCUUCACGGAGGCCAUCGACAUGUGGGCUCUGGGCUGCGUCCUGUUCACUAUGCUCUUCCGCCGGCUGCUGAUUGAAACACCGGAUGAAACUGAAACAAUGAACUUGCUCGUUGACAUGCUGGGUCAGCCGCCGGACGAGCUUCUGGACAAAGGACGAUACACAGGCAAGUUUUUCACCAAGACGUCGUCCGGACGCUGGAAGAUCAAGGAGAAAAAGUUCAGGGCAGGGAGCAACGAUGAUCCAGAAGAGUACCAGCAGUGCAUCCAACUCUUGACGGCCAUGCUGACGAUGUGUGAGAGCCAGAGGAUCACUCCUCAGGAGGUCCUCCAGCAUCCCUUCAUCACCCAGACCUCCCAGUGCAUCCUGAAUAAGACAUACAGCACUAAGAUCCAUCAGUCCAUCAGUCACCACCGUCAAGCUCCCACAAUCCCUCAGUCAACAGAAAUCAACGUCCGUCCUCUAGCAGCACAAAGUGUAGAAAUACACGGAAAGAAAAAGAAGCAGGAAGACACUAAAAAAUCUCCUCCAGUCCCGCCAUCAGGUGUGAUCAUGGUCCAACCUGCAAGAGCUGAAAACACAUGCCAACUGGAAGGUGGAGACGAAGACAGGCCGCCACUGAGAAAGGAAGUCUCAGUACAGCCAAUAAACAAACACAAACAAAGAUCUUCCACCAGCAAGAAACAGUUCCAGCAUCCUAGUCCCAUCAUUAGAACAAAAGUUAUCGCGGUUCGACCUGCAACACCUGAAAACACACAGGAACUAGACGACAAAGACUCAGAGCUGCAAAAAGACAGGCCGCCACUGAGAAAGGAAGUCCCAGUACGGCCAACCAACAAACACAAACGAAGAUCUUUCACCAGCAGAGACGGCCCCAAGAAACAGUUCCAGCAACCUAAUCCAGUCCUUAGAACAAAAGUUAUCGCUGUUCAACCUGCAACACCUGAAAACACGCAGGAACUAGAGGAUGAAGACUCAAAGGUGCAAAAAGACAGGCCGCCACUGAAGAAGGAAGAUAGGCUGAGGCUUACAGAAGGGGAGGGGCUAAAGCAAAAAGAAGAGGAGAGAGAGGGAAGUUUGAACACUGAGGACAAGAAGACACCCCUACCACCAGAAGACGGCGAGGAGAAGAAGAAGAAGAAGAAGAGCCGCUGGCAGAGGUUUUGUUCCUGGAUGAAGAAGAAGAUCUUCUGUCGGGCUGUGGACGUUCUCUAG